UGUGUCACGAUCAUUCAUAAAAAAAAGAAAAAAAUAUUUGUCUGGGGUGUGUUUGCAGCGGAGGAGUACAUAAACAAAAGAGCGUGCGUACGGUUUCUAUUCACAUCAUUGUUUGGUCGCUCACAGACUGUGUUUUUCCCAUUGUUGGGCGUUUUUCGUUCCGACGUCCAACGUGAAGAUCAGGUGGUUGAGGAUCGUGAUCGAUGGACGCGAUCCAAGUUUGAGCUUGACUUUUUGGUGACUUCUUCUUUGGAGGAUGGUAAUUAGAAGGAAAGGGUCUUCGUCAUCAGUGGCGUUGCUGGUUGGUGUGGCGAUCGUAACCGGUUGUGGGUUGGUGGCUGCGUCGUCCCAACGGGGGUUUUUCUUCGGGUGUUACCAGAGGGAUCGGUCUGGUCAGCUGGAGAUCAUCACCGAUCAGUACGAUCGCUGCGUGAGCCACUGCGAAUCGAACUACUUCAGAUAUGCGGCUUUAUCCGAUACGCAGUGCAUGUGUCUGAAUUCGAUCCGGACGCGGGUUAUUGAAGAUAAGGAGUGCGAUUUACGAUGUCGUCAGAAUCCCGAUCAGACUUGUGGUGGUGCCAACGCACAGAGCUUUUACGAGACUGGUGUUGAGGUGGCUGGGCCGGUGAAGAAUCUUCACCUGACGGAUAAGGAAAGUGAGAAUACGAUCAAGAUCGCGUGGAGUGCGCCGGCGCUGGAUGGAGUUCCGGUGCUUUCGUACGAGAUUGGAGCUCAGGCGUUGACGACCUAUGCAAGUUUUCGCCUAUACCCGAUGAGCUGGACCGUCCACAACAACACGAUCGCGUUCGAGCUGUCCAAUUUGACGCCCGGAACGCGGUACAACAUCACGGUGUCCACGGUGUCGGAGAAGGGUACCGGUGGAAUGCAGUGGCUGACGGCACAAACGGAGAUCGGGAAGCCCGACCCGGAGCCGGAGGAACCGUUGAUACUGCGCCGGCUGGACUCGACGAUCCAGAUCGAGAUACCGAAGGCGACGAACGACAAUGGACCGAUCAACUACUACCGCGUGGUGGUGCACUACGUGAACGACGAUCUGGUUCAGCAGUUUGACGAAACGCUGCUGGACACGUUCCAGCGGUCCAAGGAGAAGGGCGUUCCGUACUAUAUCGCGGCGGAGGUCACGAUGGAGGGUGACUCACUGCUCUUCACCGUCGGCGAUGGCAAGUACCACCGGCAGUUCUUCAACCCGCCGAUUCCGCCGCGUGCCCACGUCCACAUCUCGAUCGGCAUCGUGAGCAUCUUGAACAACGUGUUCAAGGUGCGGUACGCUACGACAACGCACGAACAGCACCAGCACCCGGAUCAUCACCACGUGAACUCGACGACGGCUCCGGAACGGAACGAGGCGCUGAUUACGGUGUUGACGGUGGCUUGUGUGCUGUUUGGAAUUGUGUUGCUGGCUAGUAUCGUUCUGUAUGUGUAUUUGAGAUAUAAAACUCCAGGGAAUACGCGUCCGAUGAACGAUCACCACGAGAUGGCGCUGCAGGGACCGAUUUUGGAGGUGGAGAACAAUGGCUACAUGCCGGAUAUCUACGAGCAGCGAGGAUUCGAAGCUGAAUUACAUGACAUUAUUGACUCGCUGGAGAGUUGGCAGAAGCACGGUCGGAAGUUUUUGAGCUUGGAGAUCAACAACGUGAUCGGCUCGGGCAAGUACGGUGACGUUCUGAAGGGAAGACUGCAGCGUGAGGGAGUUGAUAUGCCGACUCAAGUGCACGUGAUAUCGGACGAUAUGGACAAGAUUGACCAGAUUGCGUUCUUGAACGAGUUCCGGCGGAACAUCAAGCUGGAGGACCAUCCGAACGUGCUGCAGUUCUACGGAGUUUGCGUCACGCCCGACUGGUGUUACGUGCUGUUUGAGGAAAUGCAGACUACGCUGAAGCAGACGCUGCUCAACGCGCGCAUUCCGGUCAACGUGAACAGUCCAAAGUUUUCCACGAUUUCCGAGGAAAUUAUCGUCAACAUCCUCUGUCUGGUGUGCGACGGAAUGCAGUUUCUGGUGGAGAAUAAUAUCAUCAACAAGAAGCUGUGCGCCCGCACCGUGUACGUCAACACCAAGUUUGAGGUGAAGGUCAGCGGCUUCGGACCUCCCCUGUACGGCGAAGACAACCAGCAGAUCGAAAUCACCCGCUGGAACGCACCCGAGGUGAUCAAGUUCCAAAACCACACCGUCAAGAGUGACAUCUGGUCGUUCGGGCUGCUCAUCUGGGAGUGCUGCUGCCUGGGUGCGACCCCCUUCGGAACGACCACGAUCGAUAACCUGUUCGCGGCGGUCCGCUCCGGAGGUCGGCCCGAGAAGCCCGCCUUCAUCUUUGACGAUCUGUACCAGAUGUGCCUCAACUGUUGGGAUCUGGACGCGGGCGAUCGGCCCGAGUUUGACGACAUCAGCCGGUACCUGCGCCAGACACUGCCCAUGCUGCGCUACAUGUUGUCCUUCGAGCGGACGCAAAACGCGCAGUUGCCACCGUACUUACCGCAUUUGGAGCUGAAGUGACAGUGAAGUGCAUUUUUAGACGUGUAAGACUUUGUCCAUUCGAACAUUGAAGUAUUUUGGGAAACUAUCCGUCCAAUCGAAAGUAUUCUUCAGACUGCUAAAACAAUCUCUUCUCUCAUAGUUUAACAUAAGUGCUUACCGUACGAUACAAAGCUUGUUGUAUUUUUUAUAGAUAUAUUACGUAAAUGUAGUAAAGUAACAUUUUUGAAUA